AUGGCCCCGAAGCGCAAGAUGUCGAAUUCUACUGAGGGCAAGUCAUCUCCGCCCGCCCGGGGACAGAAGAAGAGCAAGGCGGUGGAUUUGAGCCAACCUCACCCCAACGCCAAAUCCACCGAGGAGUUUGGCAUUGUUCAGCGGGAAUUCUAUCCCCCUGAAAUGAGCAAUGAGCGAUGCAUGGCCUACAAUGACGGCACCCUGGAGCGACCGAUUGACCUGCUGGAGAGGACCUGCAAAGACACGGCCGAGUCAAGACGCGCCGCGAAGCCAGGCAAAGCGGUGGUCCACUGGUUCAAGACCGACCUGCGUGUGCAGGAUAACCGAGGACUUCAUGCCGCGUACGAAUUGGCCAAAGAGCACCAGAUUCCUUUGAUCGGUGUCUACAUCGUGUCGCCGCAAGACUGGUCGGCGCACGUGACAAGCCCGGCUCGUGUGGACUUCACUCUCCGCACUUUGCAUCUGCUUCAACGAGACCUUGCGAAGCUGGACAUUCCGCUUUAUAUCGAAACCCAGGAGGACCGGAAGAACAUCCCAAACCGCAUCGUCGAGCUCUGCCAAAAUUGGGGUGCGAACCACCUGCGCGCAAACAUCGAGUACGAAGUGGAUGAGCUCCGGCGAGAGGCCAAGGUCGUCCGUCUCUGCGCUCGAAGCGGGAUUGACUUCACUCCUCUGCAUGACACCUGCGUGGUCACGCCGGGGGUUCUGUGGACGGGCAGUGGCAAGCAGUAUGCUGUUUACACCCCAUGGUUCAAGGGGUGGCUGGCCUACCUUAAGGAGAAUCCCGAUCUUCUGGAGCUUUCGGACAGUCCCCAGUCAAAUCCAGCCAGUGCGCGGAAAGAAUUUGGCGAACUGUUUGAUUGCAAGAUCCCUGCGGCACCCCAAAACAAGACGGUGACCCAGGAGGAAGCCAAGCGAUUCGCCGGCCUCUUCCCGGCGGGUGAACACGAGGCCAGGAGACGGUUGGAGAAAUUCCUGAAGGAAAAGUGUCCCGAUUAUGCAAGAGAUCGCAGCAUGCUGACCGGCGAGCCCACCUCGGUCCUGAGCCCCUACUUCGCCUCCGGUGCGUUGAGCGCGCGCACGGCGGUGGUGAUGGCCAAGAAAGACAACAAAAACCAACUGGACCGGAAUAGUCAAGGACAUAUGCAUUGGAUCAGCGAGGUAGCGUGGCGCGACUUUUAUCGUCAUGUGCUGGUGCAUUGGCCUUUCGUCGGAAUGAACAAAUGCUUCAAGACCGAGGCUACCAAUAUUGAGUGGGAGUAUGACGAAGAGCAGUUCCAGGCGUGGUGUGACGGCAAGACUGGUUACCCCAUUGUGGACGCUGCCAUGCGCCAACUCAAGCAUUCUGCCUGGCUGUCAAAUCGAUCGCGCAUGGUGGUAGCCUCCUUCUUGUCCAAAGAUCUGCUGAUCGACUGGCGUCGUGGGGAGCGGCAUUUUAUGGAGUAUUUGGUCGACGGCGACUUCUCGUCCAAUCAUGGCGGAUGGGGCUUUGGCGCCAGCACUGGCGUUGACCCUCAACCGUACUUCCGCAUCUUCAAUCCUCUUCGACAGAGCGAGAACUUCGAUCCAGAUGGAGAGUAUAUUCGAGAGUGGCUGCCUGAAUUGCGCGAUAUCAAGGGCAAAGCCAUCCACGACCCAUAUCAUCGAGGAGCCGGCCCGAUCGCGCAAAAGAACGGAUAUCCCAAGCAGAUCGUGGAUCACUUUGCCAGUCGAGAUCGAGCUCUGGCCCGAUACAAGGCCGCUCUGCAGAAGUAG